AUGUCUUCGCCUUCAUCCGCUCGACCAUAUCGAUCAAAGCGUCAUCGGCCAUGCGAUCAAUGCCGAGCGCGAAAACUAGGUUGCCAGACUGACAAUGGCAUCCCUUGCCAGCGAUGCCGAGCCGCUAAGCUCGAUUGUACAUUCGAUAACCCACCGCCGAAACGAGCGCGUCUCUCGGAAUCACUUUCAUUCGCCGUUCCAAGCGUUGACGAAGUCCCGGUCACAUCACAGCCUGAAGAGAGUAUCUUCGGUCAUGGUUUUUCCAGUGCCGGAAGCCCACCUGGUAGUGUUGAACCCGCGUAUUCAUCACUGGGUUUCGGCCAAGUUGGUGAGCCGUCGCCGGGCUCUGGAAUGCUGGUGGCCGCUCGGCCAGCCACGCAGUUCGUCCAGAGCAUUGAUCGACUAGAGCACGGCUAUGCCCAGUUGUUCGGGGCGUCGUCUGAAUCAGACCCCUGGCUUCUGAGACACUGCCGAUUCGAUGAUGCGGGCAUGAAAUAUUUUUACAAGGUCCAUUAUCGCAAUGCUGGAGGAGUGCCCACUGCGCAACGUAUACCGGUUCAUUUCAUGGUAUCGUCCGAGGAACUUUCGACGACGAUCAAGCAGGAAACGAGAGCAGGCGUCGGGGAAGUUACUCGAGAGCAUCUAGACUGCCUAGUGCCGCCGGAAUAUGGUAGAAGACUUGUCGCAUUAUUUGUCAAGUACGUGUUUCCUGCUUUGCCCGUUAUAUCGCGUUCCCAGCUAGGGUUGACCACCACGUCAUACCAGCUUCCUGAGUUGCCUGCAUUAGCAAAGGUACCCGUCCAUCUGUUGGCCGCUGUUUAUGCAUCAGCGUUUCCAUUUGUCGGCCAUGACAACUAUCUAUGUGUUCUGAGCACAUACCAUAACUCACCGGUGCAAAGACUUUGGCGUAUGGUCUAUGAGCUAGUGACCGAAGAAAUACACAGCCCUCGGCUGGCAGUUCUCCAGGCGGCGCUGCUAUAUCUCCACCAGCAACCGAUAGACGAGACCCGUUACACGACCGCCGACACCCCAUUCACAUGGUCUUUUGUGGGCCAAAUUGUCGGCCUAACAUGCUCGCUCGGUGUUCACAUAGAAUGUCGCAUGUGGGGAAUACCGGCAUGGGAGAAGCGUCUUCGGCGGCGUCUGUGGUGGGCAGUGUAUGCCGAAGAUAAAUGGCGCAGCUUACUGAUGGGCCGGCCACCGUAUAUCCACUCGGCUGAAUGGGAUGUCAGUGAGCUGGAUGAAGGCGAUUUUCUUAUUGGCCCCCGUCAGGGUUUCUCAACAUGUUCGUGUGACACCGAGAUUCCCUUCCGGUAUCUUGUGAACCUAGCUCGGAUUGCGCAAGAAAUCCAAGAAACAUUCUAUACACUCAGAGCAUCCCAAAUUCUCAAUGCAGACUUCGACUCCUCGGCCGAGCUUGGCCAGGGUCUGCUGGAGCAGCUCAACUCGUGGUAUUCUUCUCUGCCGGACAAUUUCCGUCUCCCAAACUGGAGCAAGUCUGUCCAAGGACUAGCGCCCUAUCCAACGUCAAUACACUUUGCCUACCUUUUACUCGUCGUCUAUGUCUACCGGGCGAUGCUUCGACCCAUGGCGCGGUCCUCAAGCCCACCCAUGAUAUUUGAUCUCGAGGAAAUGCCGAUAAACUCUCCGCUGCCUGUUGAUGAUCCCGCUCUAGACCUACCAGAUAUGACUGGAAUUGAGUCUUUACCUGAAAUAUCAAUUUCAGACGAGUGUGGAACCGGUGAAAUCGUUCUGCAUGGAGCUGAAAAAUGCGCCACCAUUCUAGUCAAUUUUACCCGGCGAUUGACUCCCAGCGACUUUACGGGAUUUUGGUAUUCAUGGUCACGCAUCGGAUUCGCAACUGUUUCAAACUUCCUCAUGCUACUUUUGGUGCAAGCUCCAAAUAUAGCCCAUGCAACUCGCGGUAAACAGCUAGUAGACUCAUGGCUGCAGGUUCUGAGAUGCCAAAGUCAGAGUUUUGCGCUCAUCAAGCUGGGUCUUGCACGGCUGGAUGCAUUACACUGGGCAGGACUCUCGAACACAUUCGUUCUUCCUUCACAUGUACAAGAAGCAACGACUAAUCAAGCGACCACGGCC